UGGCAGAGCUCCGCAAACCCCGGCUGAAGGACCGGCGGGAAGAGAAGAAGGGGCGGCCGAGCAGGCGGCAGAAAACUUAACUCGCAGGACUGAAAACCGCUACAGGGAACUUGCAGGCUCUUUGGUUACUUCCAGCACAGGGCGGAUUUAUGGACCGGGGGGAGUCCGCGCAAGAGGCCCCCGCUGGCUUUUUCAGUCAGAUGCGAGGAAGCCAUGCUUGCAGAAGGCCGCUGAAGUUGCCCAAGUUUUAAAAUGCCCAACCUGUCUCUUUUAAGUCGUGGUGCGGGACAAGUGGUCAAGACAACGCAAGAGAAGCUGGAAGUGCAUGUCCAACCAGAGGAUUACUUCAACUGGAUGUCCCCCGAAUACCAUUGCGAUGUCAGCAGUCCCCUGGAUAGCAGUGAAGUCAUGGAGAGACCCUGGAGGCUGUACCUCCCUAAAACCUACAGUACAAAAACAGGCGGACUCGUUCUCUAUUCGGAAGGUUUAGCCAAAUCUUCUAGGAAGCUGAAAGGAUGCAAGAAGUCCCAGCGAAGACUUGGAGGUAAAAGCAGGACACGACAGAUCGAACCGCACACCCUUCAAGAUCUGGUGCGAGCCAUUUUGGCAUAUGGUAGCAAAGAGGCAUGGGAAGACCAGGAGGAGACGGCAGGGCAGCCAAAUCUUCACUUCCUAAGCGAUCCGGCUAUCCAGUCUGACCGACGAAUGAGACCAGGUUAUUCAGCCAAGAGGUACCUCCUCAAACUGACUCAGAUCUUGGAUCCAAGCGUUUUACAAAAACUUCAACAUGCAGGACAUAUCAGGGAUCCUUUUGUGCUUGAGGAAUAUUUGCCAUAUCACAGAAAAAAAGAACAAGAUCUGUCAGCCAUUCCACCCAAAUAUAAUCUCCUGCCCAUCUUCUGUUCACCUUGCUCAUAUCUGUGGGCUGAGCUGGAGAAGGCGAAUCCAGGCCUCGGUCUUUCCUCAUACAAGAAAUCUGAGAACGAAGCCUGGCUGGUGGAAGGCUACAAAGGAGAAGAACAUGUCAGAGGGAAAGCGCGAAUUCCUCUCAGGAUUUCCAUAAGAAAGCUGAGUUUUCGUCCUAGUCGUCAGAGUACAAAGGGGAGCACCUGGAAUCUGAAGGCCUCGUACAGAAGCCGCGCAGAGGACCCGAAUGUGGGCAUUCACCAAAACCGGGAGUUAACCAAGGAAGAUGAAGGCCAAAGUGAAAUGGUAAAUCUGAGUUCAGAUUGCGCAGCUUUGGAGAAGAUCUGUGCGGAUACUUCAGAGCUUUGGUGUGAGAAAUCCCAUGUGACAUUCUAUGGAGGAUUUUUUCCUGGAAGAAAAAUCUCAGACAGCGUCAACCAAAGAGAUCCUAAGUGCCCAGAGGGCAGAGAAGGAGGCGCCUCCAGCUUCUUGCCCCUUAUCCAACCUGGCAGAGGCUCAGAGCAGGCAGAAGUCAGGAAACCCCAGAGGAAGCAGAUGCCAGAGAUUUUCAGGUUACCUGUGAUAUCUGAAGAUCCACUCAGAGCUCGCAGGCAAAAGCUUAAAUCCAGAGAGCUUCCUAAAGAACUUCUGGUCCUUCCUUUGCUGGUUCGGUUGGAACGGGAUCCCCAAGCCAAAAGGAAAAAGCCGAGAGUGGCUGGCUGUCCCACAUCCAGUUCGGGGGCUGAUGCCUGCAAUAAGCUGUUGGCUCCUUUGCCAAAUUAUCACUUUUCUGAUGCAGAAGGUCGAAACGAGCAGCAGCAGGUGAUCAGUGGAGACGAGACCCCAGAGACUCUUCCGAGCAGUUCUCACUUACCUCCAAUAAGUAGUGGAGAGAUCGCUCUCAGUCGGGCGAAGACCAGAAAGAGAGAGAGAGACAAGCAGCACCCAAAAGCUUUUUUAGAAAGGGACUUGGGUAUCCAAGGUGGCAUCCCAACAUUGAAUCAGUUGCCGGCGGUCACCAGAAAGAAGGACCCAGGAGGUCAGGCUGACAGAGCUAACUCUGAAACCUCUACAAGUACCAGUGCUGGCAUAAAUGGUGUUUGUAAGGAUCCGUUUGUUAAAAUUGCUAACAGCGUCCUGCAAGAAGAACUGGGAGAAUGUGAUCAUGGCACUUCACUUAGCCGUCUUCCUAUGAGUCCUGGUGGAGAAAUUGUCUGUGUAUCACCCUUGGGACCCAUCCAAACUACAGUGGAUGACGCAGAAUCCCUUGAAACAAAAAUUGGUGCUGCCGGAAACCAGCCAGAGACCUCCUUUUCUGCUCCAGAAUUCGAUGAGAAGGUAAUUCCUCAAGCACAAGAAGUUGGAAAGGUACCAGAGCACGGGAACAGCCUACCAAAUGAGCAAGGCAUCAUGGGAAAUGGGAGCACUUGUGCUGAGUUCAGACGAGAGGUUCAGCCCAGCCUGGGCGGCUUCUGCGGAAACAGCCUCCCGCUGCAGAGGACACAGAGAGGGAGACUCUCGGGUGUGCCCCGAAUGCAAGGCCCAAAGCAGAGGGAAGUCCAGGUGCCAGGUGAGGCAUCACAAGGAAGGAGGUCCAGAGGCAAGCCACAGAUGAACUCCAUGCCACAGGCAAGCAGUUCCAGAGCUACAGGGAAACAGAUGGAGAACUCACCUCGGCCAGAACGUUUCUCACUUUUGGAGCCAGGCUUAAGCCAGUGGGCGGCUCCUGAAUCAGAGGUGAUCCCUCAUGCAGCAGUCUUGGAGUUUCCUGGCCUCAGCAAGGAGCUUAGGCAGAGCCCAGGAAUGUGCAUACGCUCGCCCGAAGAGCAAGUGGAGGCCGGAAAAGAUGACGACACAACUUUGCCAGAAAACCCCAGCUUACGAAGGAGGAGCGUUGAUCGUAGCUCAGCUGGAGAUGGUUUAGAAAACAAAUUAAUGACCAGGCAGAAGAAACCUGAGCUGAGAAAGACUGGGCCGGAAUCAAAGGCACAGAAAAAGAGCUUGAAGAAAGAUAAACGGCAAAACCGGGCAGAGUUCGUUGUAGGAAAACCAAAGCAGAAAAAGGCUUUUGGAAAAACAGCUUCUUUCUCCAAGGAGGAGCCAGAUGUCAGAAGAUCAGAGACGCCGGACAAAACUGAGGAAGAGGAAGAGAGGAAGGAAGCGGAUGCGGAAGGGGAGCAGAUUAUUACUGGCACAGAAGAGGACACCUUGGGAGGAGCGUUGGACAAAAGCCCUCCUCCUUCCUCACGCUGUCUUAUGGAAGAGAGCCCCUUGCCUCCCGGAAGUGGGCAGGCUUUCCCCGCAGAUGUAGACUGUCCUUCUGGGUCUCCUGCUCUUGAGACCCCCGUUGCAGCCCACCCAAUAGUUUCCCCUGCAAUUGGUUCCCAGGCUAGCAUCAUGCCCAGCAGCGAGCUGCCAGAGGUUCUCCCCGAAACCAGAGGAGAGGAGAGAUUAUCACGGGAGAGGAUCAUAGCGGAGAGGGCAGAGAAGAGACGGCUGGCGGUAGAGAGAAGGCGAAGGGAGCAAGAGGAGCUCAAGCAGAAGCAGUGGGAGGAGGAGGAGCGCAUGGAGAGCAUGAAGGAAGAAAUGGAAGAGGAACGACGGCGGAGAAUCGAGGAGAUUCGUUUAAGAAAGCGGCAGCUAGAAGAAGAGUGCCGGCGGCAGGAGGAGGAAGCAGCCAGGAAACUCCAAGCAGAAAAGGCAGCCCAAGAACGCCUCCGACAGCAGCAAGAGGAACUGCGCCGGAAGCUUCUAGAAGCUCAGAAGAAAAAGGAGGAGGAGGAACAAGGCCGCGCAGAAGCAGAGAAACGCAGACAGAAAGAUAGGGAAAUGUGGCUAGAAGAAGAACGCCGACACUUAGCUGAGAUGGCCGAAGAACAGCGGGUGGAAUACGAGAAACGGAAACGAGAGGAGGAAGAGAGGGCAAGACGUGAGGCUGAGCAGAGGAGGAGGAAGGCAGAAGAAGCCACUAGACUUGCCUUGGAGGAAGCAAGGAAGCAGGCGCUGUUGCUGGCAAGACAAGAGGCAGAGCUGGAAGAGAAGCUGCAGUUCCACCAUAAACUUUUUGUGGAAGCCAGUGGACUGGAGCAGCGGCAGGAUAUUUCGCGCCCCUGGGUUUAUUCCUACUUCCAGCAUCCCUUUCUAAAGGUGGGGAAAGAAGACUGAUGAACUCGGCAACGAUGAAUGACUUCUUUUAAAAGUGAUUUCAGAUUAUCGUCUUUUCACUGAAAAUGCCAACACUGUCUCGAUUACUCUGCUUAAUUUGGGCAAGUCUGUUUGUUUAAAUCCAUGUAUUAAGAGAACUCCGCUCCCGUUGAUUAAUUUAUGGACAAAAAAAAUCAAAAAUUAAAUGACUUCCAAGCCUUAGUCUAGAAACAAGAAAUAGGAGGACUGGUCUCAGAUGGAACCAAAAACUCUGCGUACUUCUGGACUAACUGUUGGAGAAAUGAAACUUGCAGUAGCACAGAUUCUCUGUAACCUUUAUAGAAGUAACCUUUUAAUGAAGUAUAAUGUAAUUCAAAAGCGAUCCUUUAUUCUAGAACAGAGGUAAACCUGUGGCUCACAGGCAAAAUUUGGUCUGGGUUCCUUAUGCUCAGCCUCCAAAGAGGGCCUUUGCACUGACUAGGCACUGUGCAACCAUAAGGAGAAGAUCCACACUCGAAUGGACUUGUUAUUAGAAGAGAGAGAGUCUUUACCAUAUGAAGUGAAGUAUUAGCUAACUGUUAGCCCAAAUGUAAGUGGACUUAGAGUUAACAGAUAUUGCUAGAAUUACUAAAGUAGAUAUUUUAUCCAACUGUUAGUUAGUUUAAAUUUAAAUAUAUGUGGAGCUAAUAUAAAGUAAUAGAUAAUAGAUUUUAAGUUUAUAACAAUAUUUUUGAAGUUAAUAGAUAGGGCUUAGUUGAAUAAAAGAGUUAAGUAAGCAUGAGAUAAGGAGUUACAGAAAAAGGGGACAGAUUGGGAAUAGAUUAGGCUAUAGGGUUGGAAAGCUGUUG